AUGAAGACCAGCAUCACUCUGCUUCUCAGCGCGGCCUUCGCCGGUGUCAGCAUGGCCUGCUCCACGCCGGGUAACUUUAUAGUUACCUUCUAUGGCUACCCAGACAAUUCUCCUCCUGGCCCCGGUACUGCCCACGACUGUGGAGGCCGCAACUUCGUUGCUGGGGGCACCGGCACCCACUCUGACCCCGUAACAAUCGCAACAGCGCCUGGCGAGCUCAAAGUCUGCGAGACUGUGUAUCUUCCGCUUCUGAAGAAAUACGGUCGUUAUGAGGACGAUUGUGCGCAGUGCAUCACCGACCACAAGAACGGUAAACCUCACAUUGACAUCUGGACCGGAUCGUCCACCACCAAUGGCGGCCAGCACCAGAUUGAUUGCGAAGAUGAUCUCACCUUGGGCGGCCGCUACUCUAUCGUGCGCGACCCGCCGACUAACCUUGCCGUCAACGCUGCGCCUCUCUUUGUGCCCCCUAAGACCUGCCACACGCAGAACGUUUACCCUGACAACGAGGCCCGUUGCUAG